AUGAAAUUCAUGUGUGUUGAAAAAUAUUUAAUGAGAUUAGAGCACAAUUUAGUAGUAUUUCAAUCGUCAACAUCAUCAGAAUGGCUUAUGCUAAAUUGACUUCAUCAGUGAUGUUGCUGGUGAUAUUUUUGAGCUUAACAGUGAAAAAUGUUCAUUCCAUAAAAUGUUAUGUGUGCGACAAUUGUUUGAACGUGGAUUCGAAUACUCCAACUCAAGACAACUGUGGUGCAUGCAUUAAAGGAGGUGUUCCGAAAAUUUUCAUGCAAAGAAAAUGUGUUGACUCAUGCACAGAUGUCGCGUCUAAAUUCCCUAUCAAGGAUCUCCUCGACUGCUGUACAACUGAAUUGUGCAAUGAUGCUAAGAAAUUAACGCCCUUUGUAUCGGUGACAAUUGCACUUUGCUUCAUUUGGAGAAUGUUAACCGGUCCCAGAUUGAACUGACUUGAAUUCACCUGAACUGAGUCAGCCCACAUCGAGACUUUCAGACGGAGUAGCUGGUGUUUGUUUUUUUGCUUUGUUUUCUUGUGAUUUUUGUUUACAAACAUUUGAGUACUGUUGCAUCAAUUUUUGUCUUCAUUUAUUCUGUACAAGUUGAAGUUGAUAUUUUCUUCUUUCUAAAUUAUUAUUCUUUUGUAUGAUGUGCUGUAAAUUAACUUGAAGUUUACUUAAAAAUUGAUUAAUACAAAUUCCUUCUAACUAA